UGCAUUGCAACACAGCGGAACAUCACAUGAUUGGAGUCACGUACUUUUUUGUUGUUUUCCGCCCGGACCGCAGUUUGCAAAUAAACGUGCACAUGGUUUGCAGCUUGCAGUCGUUCUUCUACUUCGGCUGUGCGCCUACUGGAUGACCUCGGAAUUAAUCCCAACCUGCAAACCUUUCUUUAAAUUUAUUCUAUAAACAGUACUUCUAUACGUCAAAUCACUCUAAUUCUGCUGGGGCUUUAAUACAGUUUUCCCGAUCUUUGUAAAAGUUCUUUUUUUUGCCGACCUACUGCUGAAUUACGAGUUAACUACAAACAAGUUUGUAUUGAAGAGUAAAACACUCAGCACGAUGUCUAACAGCUGCAACCAAACGAAAAGCUGCCCGAUCCCCACCCGCAUCAUGCAGUUGAAAGACUGGACGCAGCUGCCCGACUGCUACAGUCAGACUCCCGGAGGCACUCUCUUUUCUACCACCCCCGGAGGGACACGGAUCAUCUAUGACAGAAAGUUCCUGCUGGACUGCCGCAACUCGCCCAUCGCCCGCACCCCACCCUGCUGCCUCCCCCAGAUCCCUGGGGUCACGGUGUCCACGUUGAACCCCAUGGGCAAGCUACAGGAGCUCAAAGAGGAGCUGGAGGAGGAGGCCAAGGACCUGGCAGCUGAUGAUGACCAGUUCGAGAUGGAUAUCUGAGCCCCUCCCAUGGAGAAAGCCUCUUCUGUUCUCGCGGUCCAUCACUGGAUCAGCUGCUAUUUCUUAUUUUUUUGUUAAAUCUUACAUUUUUCUAUUUCCCCCUCCCCAAAAUGCAGGGAGCUCACCCUCAUGGUUAAAGGCAGCAGCCUGUUAUAUUAUGUUAAGAACAGUGUGCUAUCUGAUUUCAGACAGGGUUCAGGAACAGCUCAGGGCUGCUGAGGGGGGCUGCUGGCUCCUUGGGCUUUCUUGGCGCAGUUACGAUGCGCUCUUUUGUACUUUUUUUUUUCUUGUUCUUUUUAAGGAAAAGCCAGGCUAAAUGUAUGACAAUUUACAUUUAAACAUGAGUGAUCCCAGAUUAGCCUCAUUUUUGUUGGGUUUGUUUUUUAUUUUUGAAAUAUAGCUAGACUUCCUCUUUCAUGUUGACUGAUGGAGGUCAGCUGAUGCUGUGAGUUAACUCUGUGAGCAGUUAACUCUCCUGUACUGAGUGGAGCAGGUCAAGAGUAAACAGACUUCAAAAUAAAGCCAAAUGUACAUA